AUUUUGGAGUUACACGAAUACGAAAACACGCGCAGAGGCGGAGGCUUGACAGUCGACGAGAGAAUGAGCGAACGGUGGCGCAACUUGAUCAACAAGCUAUGAAAUGCCUUUGGGAGAACGUCGAGAGCGGAUAAUUCUCCAUCCCAAUACACAACUGCAUCGUCUUAUAGGCGUCGGUUUGGCGUCGAAGAAGAUUCGAGAAAACCUUAUACUUGAUAGGUCUCCCUUUUGGGGAUUAGUCUGGUUAGAGACUAAUAUGUACGUUUUCAAGAGUCUCAGCAAGAGUCUGCAAAACUCCUUCCCAUCGCCAUGGCACCCACAAAUGCCAUUCACCCGGUUGCCACUGGCAGAGCUGCAGAGACAGUCGCUCAGCAUCAGGACCCUCAAGACUUGACCUUUUACUCGGGAUGGUUCUCCCCCUUCAACCAGCGCGUAUGGAUUGCCCUCGAGGAGAAGGGGAUUCCAUACCAGUACAAGGAAGUGGACCCAUACAAGAAGGAAGAACACUUCCUUCGGAUAAACCCUAAAGGACUUGUCCCUGCAGUCGAGUACAGGGGUAAAGCCAUCUAUGAAUCAGUCGUCUUGCUCGAAUUUCUUGAAGACGCCUACCCAUCCUACAAACCAAAUAUUCUUCCCUCCGACCCUUACGAACGUGCACGACAGCGCAUAUGGAUAGAUCAUAUCUCUAAGGCAGUCAUUCCCGCGUCGAUCCGCCUGACGAUGACACAGCCAAACGAACAGGAGAAGCUGAACACAGCGCGAAAUGAGUUUUACGAGGCACUCAGAAAGCUCCAGAACGAGAUCAAGGGACCUUACUUUGCCGGAGAGCAAUUCACCCUUGUGGACGUCGCUAUUGCGCCGUGGGUUUCGCGGGACUACGUUUCGGCAGAGCAUAGGGGUUUUAGAAGGGAGGAUGUAGGUGAUGGUUGGGUCAAGUAUGCGAAGGCUAUCGAAACGCGUGAUUCUGUAUUGAGAACCACGAGUGAACGGGACAAGGUUCAAGUCAUGUAUGACAAGUAUCUUCGUGGAGAAGCACAAAGCGAAGCCGCUAAAGCCAUCAGAGCUGGUCGUCCUAUUCCUUAAGGAUGUGAGCGCGGUGUGUGAGAUAUAAGCCUCGGGGGACGUGUAAGAGUA